ACCAGAGUACGCCGAACCUCGCCUAGACAGGCGGAGUCGGCUCUGUUCGCCGCUUGACCCUCUCUAACCAGGCUGCUAAUACCGCUGCGAAUUCAAAAACCGCCUUAGUAUACAAAAAUAACAGCAGCCAUUAAGCAGUCGUAACAGGGUGUCUUUAACACGUUUUUGAGCAGCGCACAUGUCAAGACCGUGAAAACACCGAGCGUCCCGGUUUAUAUAACGAGUACACCUAUUGUGAUUUUUUUAGCGGCUAUUAAACAUUAGCCGCUUGUUGGCUAAUGUUACAACUAGCUAGUCACAUUUAUUUGAAAGGCGUCGGUAUGACAACGACCUUAAUUAUUUCGUAAUUAAUCCGAAAAUAUUACAAGGGAAGGAAUGAACAGUCGACUGCAAGAGAUCCGCGAGCGACAAAAGCUUAGGCGGCAGCUUUUAGCUCAACAGUUGGGAGCUGAAAGUGCAGACAGCAUCGGAGCUGUCCUAAACAGUAAGGAUGAACUAAAAGAGAUAGAAGAGACAAGGGAAAUAUGCAGGGCUUCAUUUGAUAGUUCAGCCACGCCUUCCAAAAGGAAGGCACAGACAGAGGGAGAGGAGACAGAGGAAGAUGUGGAAGAGCAAAAGGAUGAAGUGGAGGUGCAGCAGCCGGAUGAAAGCAACCCAUAUGAGGAAGUGUACAAGGAUUCAAGUACUUUCCUAAAGGGCACCCAAAGUUUGAACCCUCACAAUGACUACUGUCAGCACUUUGUUGACACUGGGCACAGACCACAGAACUUCAUAAGAGAUGUUGGCUUGGCUGACCGAUUUGAAGAAUACCCUAAACUUCGAGAGCUGAUCAGAUUGAAAGAUGAACUCAUCUCCACCACCAACACCCCUCCCAUGUACCUCCAGGCUGACCCAGAGCACUUUGACCUGCAGGAUUUGAAGUGCAAGUUUGAUGUAAUUCUGCUUGAGCCUCCCUUAGAGGAAUACUACAGAGAGUCAGGCAUCAGCCACACUGAACGUUUCUGGACCUGGGAUGAUAUCAUGAAACUGGAAAUUGAGGAGAUAUCAGCUCUCCGUUCCUUUGUCUUUCUCUGGUGUGGCUCUGGUGAAGGCCUGGACUUGGGCAGAAUGUGUUUAAGGAAGUGGGGCUUCAGGCGGUGUGAGGAUAUCUGUUGGAUCAAGACCAACAAGAAUAACCCCGGCAAGACCAAGGCACUGGAUCCAAAAGCAGUUUUCCAGAGGACCAAGGAACACUGCCUAAUGGGAAUCAAAGGAACAGUGCGUAGGAGUACUGAUGGUGACUUCAUCCAUGCCAAUGUGGAUAUUGACUUGAUCAUUACUGAGGAGCCUGAGAUGGGAAAUGUAGAGAAGCCUGUGGAGAUCUUCCACAUCAUUGAGCAUUUCUGCUUGGGUCGCAGGAGGUUGCACCUGUUUGGACGAGACUCUACUAUCAGACCAGGCUGGCUAACAGUGGGUCCUACUUUGACAAACAGUAACUUUAACCCAGAGACAUAUGCCUCGCAUUUUUCCUUGCCUAACUCCCACCUAUCUGGCUGCACCGAGGAAAUAGAGAGGCUGAGGCCCAAAUCUCCCCCUGCCAAGCUGAAGUCAGACCGUGGUGGCGGAGCACCCAGAGGGGGACGUGGUGGUCCAAAUGCAGGAAGAGGCGGAGACAGAGGCCGUGAAAGAAACCGACCAAAUUUCCGUGGGGACAGGGGAGGGUUCAGGGGUAGGGGAGGGCUACAUCGGGGCUUUCAACCUCGUUAGAGCUACAAGCUCAUCCAACCAGACUGAUGCUAGGAUUUCCCAUCAGCAUUGUAAGCAAACACAAGCUUAUUUGUAAUGCGUUUGGGUUAUGGUAUGCUUUUUAUGUGACAGCUGAGAAGUUAGCGAGUGUGAUACAUCUUUUUGAAUAAUUGUGGCUUGUUUAUAUUUUUUCAUGGAUAUACAUUCAAUUUUUAGGUAUUGUCUUAAUAAACAUUCUUUUCACUUUUUGUA